CACACUCCACCAAUGUUUACGUUUUUUUUUAGCGAAAAAAUAAAAUCCUUAAAUUGCUGCUAAACAAAUCAAAUUAAAAAACAACAGGAAUUAAACCGCACAAAUGUCGCUGUUGGAGCAAUACGAACAGCAGUAUGCCUCUUUAAUAGCCGAAAUAACGGCCCAUAUUGGAAGACUACAGCAGCAAAACAACAACAGUGAACGCCAUGAUUUGUGCAGCAAGAUUGACAACAGUUUGCCCGAGGCCCAGGAACUGCUGGAGCAGAUGGGUCUGGAGGUGAGGGAACUGAAUCCUGGACAACGGAGCAGCUUCAAUGGCAAACUGCAGGUGGCCCAGGCGGAACUGAAACGCCUGCAGGCGGAAUACCGGAUGACCAAGGACAAGCAGAAGGCCCAGUCGAAUGCAUUCACCACUCUGGACUUGGGUGACAGCUACGAGGAUGUGUCCAUCAGCACGGAUCAACGGCAGCGCCUGCUGGACAACUCGGAAAGAAUCGAAAGAACGGGCAAUCGCUUGACCGAGGGAUACAGAGUGGCUGUGGAAACGGAGCAACUGGGCGCCCAGGUCCUAAAUGAUCUUCAUCAUCAGAGGGAAACUCUACAAGGGGCCAGGGCACGUCUUCGGGAAACCAAUGCCGAAUUAGGCAGAGCCUCCCGCACGCUCAACACCAUGAUGUUGAGAGCUUUGAGGGAGAAGGUGGUUCUGUACGGUGUGGGUGUCUGCUUUGUGGUGGCCGUAGGUGUCAGUCUUUAUUUGACUUUUGCACCCAGCUCCACCAGCUCCGUCACCUCGUAGAAAUUUAAGCUGCGAAACCAAAGAUAAUACCUUUACCUAGCCCAAAUUUAGAGGGUGUAGAAUCGACUUCCCAUUCCAGAGUUUUGUGAAUUGAUUAUUUAUUGUUUAGCAAAUUGUAUCUUUACGAGAUAUUCUGUGGAAGAAAGCUGCAGACUUAUGCACUAAUCUAUAUACGACAGGAUGGGUUCAUUACUUUCAAUGCGCAUCAUUUUUACUUAUUCAUUAAGAGUGUAAAAUUAUAGCCAAGGAUAGGGAACUUUUUAAAAAUAUUUACUUAGGUUAUUAAAGUUACAUAACCAUAAAGUUCAUAUUAAGUUAUUCUGCUCUUAAAAGCUUUUGUAUUUUAAGGAUACUAGUUUAUUCUCAUUCAUUUGAUUUCAACUCAAAAUUCUGUAGAACUUCUUUAAUUUUUACGUGUAUUAACCCAUCCUAGUUUACGUGUACAAAGUUUACUUGGUUAAUGUUUGGCGUCUGUUUAAUAGUACUAAUCCUACUCUAUGACUCGUGUUUGCAUUCGGGACGUAUUUUUCGCAUAAAUUCGAAAUGAACAUGUAUCUAAAAACCAUAAA